GCAAACUGGCCCGCCAGCUGCACAAGGCAAGCAAGCAACCUUGACCCCCGUCCUCACCUCUCCAGAAAAUUAUCCCCAGCUAGCAGCCCGCCAACCAGUCGUACCUUUCCCUCUCGAGGCGCGAAAAACCACAUUGCUUGCUCCUGAGUCUUGGGGUCCAUCAUCCGUCAUCAUCCGCCAUCAUCCCCUCGCCGCCAUCCGUUUGAUACCCGACCCAUCUUUCACCCACUUCCGCUGGCCGUGGCCUCCUCCUCCAUCUCCUGACGAAGCCUUUAAUCGUUCUCCGUGCCGCGCCGACAACCGCCUCCUUGCCAGUCCGCGACAAGACCCGAGCGCGCGUCUUGAUACCACGAUGGCUGCUGUGAGUCCCUGCUUUUCCCUCAAACUUUCCCGGCGUCGCUGCAAAAUCGAGGCUCGAGCAGGCGCGAGAAAUCGCUCGCACCUGCCACGGCAUAAACGAAAAACGCCUUGUUCUGCCCACUGCUCCCACGCCCUGCAUCCUCGACAGACACCCUUCCGCCCUUAUUCGUUCCGGCCGCCAGCUUUGUCCAUCUCUUGUGCCAUCGGCAAGGAGCGCCUGCUCUGUCGUGAUACGGAAUCAUGGGCUUUGCUGUGACGGAGAAGCGCUGUCUCCAGACAAUGGUAUUAGAGCGAGGCCACGGAACUAACGUUUGCCAGCCGCGACCAUACAACAACCAAGGCUACCUUCAGAACGGCGCCUCGAGCCUUCAGCCAGGAACCGCACCUCUUCUGCCCAACCAUGGCCGAGUCAUCCAGACCGGUCCCAUCAGAGUUCUCUGCAUCGCGGAUGUUCGAGGAAACCUGAGAUCCCUCAAUGAGCUGGCCAAGCAGGCACGCGCCGACCACAUCAUUCACACCGGUGACUUUGGCUUCUACGAUGACACAUCGCUCGAACGGAUCGUGGAGAAGACCCUCAAGCACGUGGCCCAAUAUUCGCCGCUCAUCUCCGAACCAGUCAAGAAGGCCAUCCAGCAAGGCGGCAACGGCCCCGUCAAGACCCGAUUCCCCGCCAGCGACCUGCCGCUGUCCGAGCUGCCUCUCCUGCUCAGCGGCGAGCUGAAGCUAGAUGUGCCUGUCUAUACCGUUUGGGGUGCUUGCGAGGACGUCCGUGUACUGGAGAAAUUCCGAUCUUCGGAGUACAAGGUUCCCAAUCUUCACAUCAUUGACGAGGCUCGCUCUAUGCUUCUCGAGAUCGGUGGCGUCAAGUUGAGACUGCUUGGUCUUGGUGGCGCUGUUGUCAUGCACAAGCUUUUUGACAACGGCGAGGGACGAACCACGAUUGCUGGCGGACAAGGCACCAUGUGGACCACGCUGUUGCAGAUGGGAGAGCUGGUUGACACGGCUCAUCGUGUGUACGACCCGACCGAGACGCGAAUUUUCAUCACACACGCCUCUCCGGCUCGCGAGGGUAUUUUGAACCAGCUUUCAGUCACUCUCAAGGCAGACUUCUCCAUCUCAGCUGGCCUGCACUUUCGGUAUGGAAGCUCCUACAACGAGUUCAGUGUCAACCCCACGCUGGACCAUUACCGCGGAAAGCUCGCUGCCUCCAAGGCCUCCUUUAACGAUGUUUGGGAAACGGUCAAGGGCGAGGUCGAGCCUGCUAUCCAGCAGAAUGAGGCUCAACAGAACCUCUUGAAGAACGCGCUGCAGCUCGUGGAGAAGAUGCCCACGACGGCCGCCGGCGGCAACCCCUUCGGUGGACCUGCAGCUGGCGGUCAGGCCGCUCUCGGCCAGGUGGAUGAGAGCGCGUUCAAGAAUAUGUGGAACUUCAACCUGGCCGAUGCUGCCUUCGGUUAUCUUGUGCUCGAGGUCCAGGAUGGACGCAUCGGCACCGAAAUGCGCGCCCAGGGAUUUAAUUUCUCACAUCGUGGAGCUAAGCAACAACCCGGUGCUGCUGCUGCUCCCCCAUCGGCGUCGACGGGCGGCCUUGCUACCCCCGCUCAGCCAUCGACGCAGACGGGGGCGCCUCCGCCAUAUAGUCGAGAGCCGUCUGCAAACCAGCCCCCCAAGGCAGCGGCCUCUACCCCUACGGCCGCUGCGCUCAAACCUGGCACCCCCCAACCCGGCCAGACCUCUACUAGUGGCGGCGCUUCUGGAAAAGACACCGACAAGGGAUUGGCAGCCGCCAACGGAUCUGCCCAUGCCCCCGAGCCCGUCGCUUCUCCCGCACCCAAGUCUGCAUCGGAUAUUGUCGGCCUAUUCAUCAUGAAUGUCAACACCGAGGAACAGUGCCGCGACCUGUUUGACGAGGAGGACAAAGGCAAAAUCGUGAAGGUGGAGAAAUGGGGCGCCCAGAACAAGGUGGUCCAGUUCAAGACCGUCGAGGACCGCGACGCGGCCAUGGCUCGCCUGCCUGACGACGUCAAGACUCGAACCCAGGAAGAUCGCUCCAAACCCCUUGUCCGCAUCUUCCAGCACAGAGAGGGCAAGCCGUUCAACAACCGAGGCGGCGCCGGAAACUGGGGAGCAAAUGCCCGUGGUGGCGGCUCCGCGAGCGGUUACCGUAGCGCUGGUGGCACGAGCGACUCCGAAAGCAAUCGACGCGGUGGUCGUGGCGGCCGAGGCGGCCGUGGCGGUGACCGAGGUCGUGGUGGUGGCCGUGGCCGAGGCGGACUCAAGGGAGAGGGCGGCACGUCCUCUCCUGCUGCGCCGGCCACACCGGCUGCUGAGUGAUGUGGAGACGGAUCGCCUGCGAUAUACGUCUCCUGAUCUUGAUCGGUCGACAUGUCAACCGAUUUGCAGAUAUGAUCGUGGAACCCAGCUGUGAUCUUCGAUACCACUUUCUCGCCGUGUGAUUCUAGGUCUCUCUGGAGCAAGGUUGGAGGAAAAGCCGAGGGCGGCAAGGGGUUCCGUGAGACUGCUUUUUCGUGUACGCGUACUUAAUGAAGACUUUGGAGGCUGCCGAGCCGUCGACAUUUCGGACCGGCCUUAUCAUUUGAUUUGUAUGGAGUUGAGUCGUGGCAACGCUAGCUAGAGGCUUUGGAAUGCGAGAGGAGCGGCAUCUGAUCGUCCGUGUUGCCAACUGGUCAUCGUGCCAGUCAUCGCGUUGUGCAGCUCUCUUGUCGCAUUAUGAAGGCCUUCUAAGUUUUUACAUUCACAUACACUACUCG